AUUUUCACACGAGAAACGAAAGCGUCAAAAAUCUCUGCGGGAUCAACGAUGACGCAACAUCCACACGGUGCGCUGACCAUACUUAUAAUGGGGAUUUCAACUCUGGCAACGUUUAAACCUUGUAGCGCUAUAUACCUACCCUCCAAUCUGACGAGGUCGGAUUCGUACGCAGAAGAUGAAAGCUCGGAAUACUCUUGCAGCUCUGAAUCAAAUCCCGGUCCAUGGAGCGGGGUUUUGGAGGAUUGGGUUUUGACGUCAGAUCUCUCACCGCGAAGUUCAAGAGUCAUGAAAAUUGGGGAUAACAAUGCUGUGACCGUUUCUCCUUCGGGAAAUUCACCGAAUAAGAGGGAUGUUUCGGAAACCGAUCUCUACCUUCUCGGAGCGAUCGAAAAGCUCGUUUAUAGAGUCGAUUUCAUGGAAAAAAGAUUGAGGCGCGCUGAGGAGCUUCUAUACUAUGUCAUAUCCGGAAAUAAUCAUGAAAAGGACCCAUGCCCAAGCAAUUAUACGCGGAUCGGAAAGGGCUGCUACCACUUUGGCGCUCGCGAAUUCGACUGGAAGUCGUCGGCCAGUCUUUGUCGAGGUCUUGGCGGUGCUUUGGUGGAGCUUGAGUCUGUGGAAGAGAAUCAAGAUUUGGUCGCACAUCUUCAAACUGACAAAAAAGUUAGGGGUAAAAGUUUUUGGACCGGUGGAUUGAACCCUGGACUACUCUGGAUUUGGUCUGCCAGUGCCAGGCCGGUUCAUCAGGAUACGAAGCAGACGGUAUUAGGAGAUGGAAGGUGCUUGAACCUCCAGUUCAAUCCGGCGUCGAGAGUAUAUUCGUACAGAGGUGAGGAUUGCGGGUCUCGGCACAGGUAUAUUUGCGAACUAUCGAAGGAUGACGAGGCUGCUAAUAAGUUGGAGAGGACGGCGCGGGCGCUGAAAUCUAAAAGCAGUUGAACGUCAGAUCUAUUUACCAUCACACCAGUCAACACUAUUUAUAUUUUAUUAUUUAUUCAAUUUUUUAUUUCGGUUUCAAACAAUAACAAUAGUUAUAUAAUUAAUAAAUUAUAAUUUAUACGCAUGCUA